AUGAAGGUCUUCUCCAACACCGUCACCUUCAACUACUCCUGGGAGGAGGUCUCGACGGCCAACUGGAGGAAGUACUCUCCCUGGAACGAGAAGUGCAACCACGUCACGGCCGUAGACACCAUCUCCCGGACGGUCGACCCGGCCACGGGCAUCCUCAAGACGGAGCGCCUCAUCACCUGCAAGCAGAGCGCCCCGGAGUGGCUCAAGACCAUCAUGGGCGGCUGCACCGGCGAGUCGCAGGUCUUUGAGACGUCGUACGUCGACCCGAGCAACAAGACCGUCACCAUGGUCAGCCAGAACCUCACCUGGUCCAACCUCAUCAACGUCCAGGAGACGGUCGUCUACAAGCCCCUGAACGGCCACCAGACGCAGUUCGUGCAGGACGCCAAGAUCACGGCCCUGUGCGGCGGCUGGCAGCGCAUCAAGAACUCGAUCGAGGACACCCUCGUCACCCGCUUCCACGACAACGCCAUCAAGGGCAAGGAGGGCUUCGAGGCCGUCCUCGAGAUGAGCAGGAGGGUGUUUGCCGAGGAGCGCGAGCGGGAGAAGCUCCGUGUCAUGCAGGCCGGUGGUCAACUCCAGAUGGCGCAAUGA